UAAUCAAGUAGCCGACAUGAAAACACGCUUAACGCUGGCACUGACUCUGGCUCUGGCCACCAUCAGCUGCUCCUGGGGCCAGGAACUGGAACGGGAACAGGAGCAGCAGCCGCCAGCGCUGCCCAAGCGGGGCCGCUAUAUUCCCGAGCUGCACGGAGCCACGGGCUGGUAUAGGCCGGACGACAGCGGAAAGUAUCGUCACGAGCACAAGCCCUACGAUGGCGGCUACGGGGACCGGGGCGAGCCGUAUUCCUCGGAUCUGCACAGCAUCUUCCGAAAGGCCGAGGAGCAGCUGGCCGCUAGUGUGCAGGAGGCCAACGGGAACUUCGCCCUCGGCCCCCGCGAUCAUCUGCGCUUCAUGAUCGACUUCAACUACAACGGCACGGGCUGGCAGAUCAUUCAGUUCCAAUGGGUGCGCGACGGCGACGAGACCCAUCCGGACACGAAGAAAUACAGCUACAUCAACGAGAAUAAGCUGUGGGACACAGGCGUGGAGGCGGAAACGGCAGUGGCGGAGCAGCCGUAUCACUACCAGCAGCCCGAUGAGUGCCCAGAGGUGACCUGUGAGCCACCACCUGAGCAGGAGCAGCAACAGCAACAGCCACAGCCCGACGUUCAGCCUCAAACCAACAUUAAUUCCGAACAGGACCCGGACAAGAUCCAUGAGACCAUCAAUGAAGUCCUGGAGUACAUUCAACGGCGCAUCCUGCCCACUCUGCGGUGAAAAAUGGUUCGUGAAUUGCAGUGCAUUGUAGUGGGUGAUAAAUAAAUAAAUAAAUGAAUGUUUGAUAGCUCAAAUUGGAUUAUUUUUAAAUCAGAAUCGCUUGCGAAAACAA